GGAUCCGGGAUGCCUGACGUCACGUGACGCUGACGCUCGGCUCACGUCGCUCCCGGAAGUGAUGUUGAGUUGUGUGUUGCCUGUUAGGCAGCAGUUAGCAGAACGGAGACAGGGGAGAGAGGACAGCUGUGACCGGUAAGCCGUUGCUUAGAGCGGCCCCCACUCUUCCUUCGGAGGGCCGGGACAGCUAAACAAAUAUGAAUGCAGUAACCUAGCAUGUGCCUCGCCCCUUGGAGGGACCAGAAGAAAUCAUGGACAAGCAAGCAAGAAGUACAGAACACUGCGAAAGCAUGGCCACGGUCCAUCGUCCUUGCAAUAACACGUCAGAAAGUAAUGGAGCAAAUCUCACUAAAGGAAGAAACCAUAGCCUUUCUGCAGAUUUAAAUUCAAAAUCUGCAUCUCAGAAAAAUGGUAAAGGAACUCCAGAAUCCACAGCAGGGUUGUACAUAAAUCAGAGAUUUGAUGUGCCCAAGCACAACUGCUUGUAUGAUUUUGACAGAUCUUCACAAAACCAAGAAACAUCUGAAGAUAUGUGGACUAAGGAGUUCCUUUCUGAUGAAGCAUCUAAAGAAAAUCUAAUUGGUGAAUCUGGCUGCAGUUCCAAACAUCAAAUAGAGGAAAACAAUGUUUGUGAUUGUGGACCAGCACAAUCCUUGUUCCCAGACUGUGGGCACAUCAGUGAUGGUAUAGAGUCUGCUGGAGGCAUAUACCCUGAUAUUAGUGACCAUAUCUGUAGCCAAGACUUGGGUGAUUUUUCUUGUUACCAGCAAGAAUUAUUAGAAAAAGUAGGCGAUGAUGAAGAUCGUGGAAGGCUGGCAGAGGAGGAUUUUUUGAAGCCAGCAAGUGGAAGAAGAGGCCGUAAAGGAAAAUCUCGUAAUAAUGCAAGAGAUGAGCUGAGAAAGGAUGGCCGUCAACAUCCAUCCUCCAGCAGCAAGCACAAACUGGGUCGCAAGAAGAGCCGCGUGGAAGGGAAACACCAACUGAGAGCCUUAGUUCCUCAGCCAUUAUUGCAGGUUUCAAACUACUGUAUACAGAUGCUUAUAGAUUUUGUGCUGUGGAUUGGUGAAUAUGUAGAGGCACUUGGCACGCAGCUAUAUAUCCGGUUAUGGUUGCCUGCUCAUGACUUGCGCAAUUUGAAAAGUCAGCUUUGGACCUUUGGUGUAUGGGCACAGCAUUGUACUAAAGACUUAUGGAGUUUUGCUUGCGUUUGCUGUUUAUGGAUUGUACAUGUAAUGAAAAUGUUAUGUGCGUUAUUAUUCUCGCUGCUUCUUCUUUCCGUGGGCUGUGCUCGAGUCUGUUGGAACUAUAUUAAGAAAACAGGGGACAAUCUUGGAGCAGACAGCAACUUACGAUCCUGGAUUUCCUCCAAGUUUCAGAGAGUCAGGGUCUUGGUGACCCAAAACAGGAUAUACAAACAAUUUUUUAGUCGGCUGAAAAAAUGGACAGGGAAAUUAUGGCCUUUGAAGUCAAGGACAGAUAAAGACACCACAAGAGCCUCAAUGGGGUCAACAAGUACAGGUCGCUUUCAGGCUAGAGAUGAGGUGGAACGUCUUCUAACCAUGGCUGACAUUCCAGAGGAGGAUUUAAACCCUUUUCAGGUUUUGGGAGUAGAAAUGGAUGCUUCUGAGAUAGAGCUGAAAAAGGCGUAUCGGCAGCUGGCUGUUUUGGUCCAUCCAGACAAGAACAAUCAUCCUCAUGCUGAAGAAGCUUUUAAGGUACUAAGGGCAGCGUGGGAUACAGUAAGCAACCCAGAGAAGAGGAAGGAGUAUGAACUGAAACGAAUGUCAGAAACUGAGAUAGCCAAGUCAAUGAACGAGUUUCUUUCUAAACUGCAAGAUGAUUUAAAAGAGGCAAUGAACAGCAUGAUGUGCAGCAAGUGUCAGGGAAAACACCGGAGAUUUGAAAUGGACCGGGACCCUGCCAAUGCUCGUUACUGUUCUGAGUGUGGGAAAAUGCAUCCUGCAGAAGAAGGAGAUUUCUGGGCAGAGUCAAGCAUGCUUGGGCUUAAAAUCACAUACUUUGCUCUGAUGCAGGGCAAAGUGUUUGAUAUAACAGAAUGGGCAGGGUGUCAGCGUGUGGUAAUCUCUCCAGACACUCAUCGGGUCCCAUAUCACAUUUCGUUUGGCGCAAAGAAUUCUGUAAACGCAGGACGACAAAGGGCUCCAUCAGAAAGUAGUCCAACUUCAGCUGCUGAUUUGCAGAAUCUUUUGAACAGAAUAUUCCAGGGCUCUCCAGCUCAGAUGCCCAAUGGGAACAUUUUCACCCCACCACAACAACCCCCGCAUGGAGCUCAGUCCCCCCCCGGACCAUCUAAACCUGACUCUGCUUCCAAGAGUGACACAAAGUCCAAACGGAAGAAGAAAAUGAGGCGUCCUGUUCAGCGGUGAUCCACAUACUCUCCUACAUUCCAGCUGCCUUGUGAUCAGGGUGGGAUGGCUGGGACACCAGUCGCACAACUCUUUCCCAACUAUGUAGUCUCCUGUGGUUUUAAGUCAGAUCAUCAUGUGCUGACUAGAACCAAGCUGCCAAGGGCUUUCACUACGGUCUUCUUUGUCUUUUGUUUUUCUCUUUUCCCAUUCACCUUGUACUCCUGUUGCAGUGGCGACCAGCAAAGCUUUCCAUUGCAAGCACCUUUAACAAAUUCACAGAUAGAACAGGUUGGUCUUUUUCAUUAUAACGAGAAACCUAUUCUCAUACCAAAGAAAGCUGGUGUAGACAUUUUACCGGAAAUAUUGCAAGACUUCAGCGCAUGCAGUGCCUGGAGACCUGGGCUCUGGUGUGAAUAGAAUGUAUGAAUGUACAUUGCGCCAGGAAACCCUAUUGCUCCCAGGAUUAUAUAGUGCUCUGGGACAAUCUAAUAUAGUACUUCUUGCUUCAGUUAUUCUGUUAUAAAGCUGUGGAAAUUGCUGUGAACAGUUUCUAGCAUUAGAAAAGUGAAGGAGCAGAUGUGUUUUGUUUUUGUUUUUCUUCCUUUUUAACAUUGUUAGUGAGAAGACAUUUUGUCCAUUCUGUUGUGAAAUUAUUUUCCCAUAUUGUCUUGGAUGCUUCUUAUUGUCAUUUUAAACAUUACAAAGAGGAGUUGGUCUGAA